AUGAAGAACUGCUGGAAAAUUCCAGCUUUCUUCUUCAUCUGCAGCUUCCUGGGACCCUGGGCAUCUGCGGCAGUCAAGCGUCGCCCAAGAUUUCCUGUCAAUUCAAAUUCUAAUGGUGGAAAUGAACUCUGUCCAAAAGUCGGGAUUGGUCAAGAUGAUUUACCUGGGUUUGACCUGAUCUCUCAGUUCCAGAUAGAUAAAGCAGCAUCUCAAAGAGCUAUCCAGAGAGUAGAGGGAUCAACUGCAUUACAAGUGGCUUACAAGUUGGGAAGUAAUGUAGACUUCAGGAUUCCAACCAGGCAUUUGUAUCCCAGCGGACUGCCUGAAGAAUACUCCUUUCUAACUACUUUCCGGAUGACUGGAAGCACACUUGAAAAGAACUGGAGCAUUUGGCAGAUUCAGGAUUCCUCAGGGAAGGAGCAAGUUGGUGUGAAGAUUAAUGGCCAAACCAAAUCGGUUGCAUUUUCAUACAAGGGACUGGAUGGAAGCCUCCAAACUGCAGCUUUUUCAAAUUUGCCCUCCUUGUUCGAUUCUCAGUGGCAUAAGAUCAUGAUUGGCGUGGAAAAGAGUAGUGCUACUCUUUUUGUUGACUGUGUCAAAAUUGAAUCCUUACCCAUUAAACCAAGAGGCCAAAUUGAUGUCGAUGGCUUUGCUGUGCUGGGAAAACUUGCAGAUAAUCCUCAAGUUUCUGUUCCAUUUGAACUUCAGUGGAUGCUGAUUCAUUGUGACCCCCUGCGUCCCAGGAGAGAAACUUGCCAUGAACUGCCAGUGAGAAUAACGCCCAGCCAGACCACUGACGAGCGAGGUCCCCCAGGUGAGCAGGGGCCUCCUGGGCCUCCGGGGCCCCCUGGAGUUCCUGGCAUCGAUGGCAUUGACGGUGACAGAGGUCCCAAGGGCCCCCCAGGCCCCCCGGGUCCAGUUGGAGAACCAGGAAAGCCAGGAGCUCCAGGCAAGCCCGGCACGCCUGGUGCUGAUGGUUUAACAGGACCUGAUGGAUCUCCUGGCUCUGUUGGACCAAGGGGACAAAAAGGAGAACCUGGUGUGCCUGGAUCUCGAGGAUUUCCAGGCCGUGGUAUUCCUGGACCUCCUGGUCCUCCUGGGACAGCAGGACUUCCUGGAGAGCUUGGCCGAGUAGGACCCAUUGGAGACCCUGGGAGAAGAGGACCACCUGGCCCCCCUGGACCCCCAGGACCCACUGGAGCAAUCGGCUUUCAUGAUGGAGAUCCACUGUGUCCCAAUUCCUGUCCACCAGGUCGCUCAGGAUAUCCAGGCCUACCAGGCAUGAGGGGCCAUAAAGGGGCAAAGGGAGAAAUUGGUGAACCAGGAAGACAAGGACACAAGGGUGAAGAGGGUGACCAAGGAGAACUGGGAGAAGUUGGAGCUCAAGGACCUCCAGGAGCUCAAGGUUUGAGAGGCAUCACUGGCGUAGUUGGAGAAAAGGGGGAAAAAGGUGCUCGCGGCUUAGAUGGAGAACCUGGACCUCAGGGUCUUCCUGGUGCACCUGGUGAUCAAGGACAGCGAGGACCUCCUGGAGAAGCAGGUCCCAAGGGAGAUAGAGGGGCUCAAGGUUUGAGAGGAAUCCCUGGCCCCCCUGGACCCAAAGGAGACGCGGGCUUGCCAGGUGUGGAUGGCCGUGAUGGAAUACCUGGAAUGCCUGGAACAAAGGGUGAACCAGGGAAACCUGGACCUCCUGGUGAUGCGGGACUACAGGGAUUACCGGGUAUACCUGGACUUCCUGGUGCAAAGGGUGUUGCCGGUGAAAAGGGUAAUACAGGUGCUCCAGGAAAGCCUGGUCAACUGGGAAAUUCUGGCAAACCGGGCCAACAAGGGCCUGCAGGAGAGGUGGGACCCCGAGGACCCCGGGGGCUUCCUGGCAGUAGAGGAGAAGUAGGACCAGUCGGAGCCCCAGGCAUACCAGGCAAAUUGGGUUCUGUUGGUAGCCCCGGCCUCCCUGGCUUGCCUGGCCCUCCUGGACUUCCUGGAAUGAAAGGUGACAGGGGAGCAGUUGGUGAAGCUGGGCCAAAGGGAGAACAGGGUGCCUCGGGUGAAGAAGGUGAAGCAGGAGAAAGGGGUGAACUUGGAGAUAUAGGAUUACCUGGCCCGAAGGGAUCUGUGGGUAAUCCUGGGGAGCCAGGCUUGAGAGGGCCUGAAGGAAGUCGGGGGCUUCCUGGAGUUGAGGGGCCAAGAGGACCACCUGGACCCCGAGGUGUGCAGGGAGAACAGGGUGCCACAGGCCUGCCUGGCAUCCAGGGCCCUCCGGGUAGAGCACCGACAGACCAGCACAUAAAGCAGGUUUGCAUGAGAGUCAUACAAGAACAUUUUGCUGAGAUGGCUGCUAGUCUCAAGCGUCCGAACUCAGGUGCCUCGGGCCUCCCUGGAAGACCUGGUCCCCCUGGCCCCCCUGGUCCUCCUGGAGAGAAUGGUUUCCCUGGCCAGAUGGGAGUUCGUGGCCUCCCAGGCAUCAAAGGUCCCCCUGGUGCUCUUGGUUUGAGGGGACCUAAGGGUGACUUGGGAGAAAAGGGGGAGCCUGGUCCUCCAGGAAGAGGUCCCAAAGGUUUGCCUGGAGCUACAGGUCUCCCAGGUGACCCAGGCCCUGCCAGCUACGGGAGAAAUGGCCGGGAUGGCGAGCGAGGACCGCCAGGGGUGGCAGGAAUUCCUGGUGUGCCUGGCCCUCCAGGUCCUCCUGGCCCUCCUGGUUUCUGUGAGCCAGCUUCUUGCACCUUGCAGGCGGGUCAGCGGGCAUUUAGCAAAGGACCUGAUCAGUGA